CCAGCUCAAACACACAUAGUACACUAUUGCACGCCAAGCUAGCACCCGCGCAGAGCACAGCAUGGCUGUCUCCGCGCGCAGGGUGGCCUUCGCCACGGCAGCCUCCUUGGCCGUGUACUGGCUCCUCAAAUCGUUCCUCCAUGCACCGCACCCCGCGCUGCUGCCGGCAGCGGCCGCCCUCGUCGCCGUCGCCAUCGCCGUUGGAGCGGGAGGCGGCGCCGGCGCCGGCGCUCCUCCCGGGCCCGCGGCCGUGCCGGUGUUCGGCAACUGGCUGCAGGUGGGCAACGACCUCAACCACCGCUUCCUGGCGCGGCUGUCGGCGCGGUACGGCCCCGUGUUCCGGCUGCGGCUGGGCGUGCGCAACCUGGUGGUGGUGUCGGACCCGCGGCUGGCCACGGAGGUGCUCCACACGCAGGGCGUGGAGUUCGGCUCCCGCCCGCGGAACGUCGUCUUCGACAUCUUCACGGCCAACGGCGCCGACAUGGUCUUCACCGAGUACGGCGACCACUGGCGCCGCAUGCGCCGCGUCAUGACGCUGCCCUUCUUCACAGCGCGCGUGGUGCAGCAGUACCGCUCCAUGUGGGAGGCCGAGAUGGACGACGUGGUGUCCGACCUGCGCGGCGACUCCGCCGCCCUCGGCGCCGGCGUCGUGGUGCGCCGCAGGCUGCAGCUCAUGCUCUACAACAUCAUGUACCGCAUGAUGUUCGACGCCCGCUUCGAGUCCGUGGACGACCCCAUGUUCGUGGAGGCCACCAAGUUCAACUCGGAGCGCAGCCGCCUCGCGCAGAGCUUCGACUACAACUACGGCGACUUCAUCCCCAUCCUCAGGCCCUUCUUGCGUGGCUACCUCAACAAAUGCAGGGACCUGCAGACCAGGAGGCUGGCCUUCUUCAACGCCAACUACGUGGAGAAGAGAAGGAAGGUGAUGGAGACUCCUGGAGAAGACAAGAACAAGCUCCGAUGCGCGAUCGACCACAUCCUCGCAGCAGAGAAGAGCGGCGAGAUCACGCCGGAGAACGUCAUCUACAUCGUCGAGAACAUCAACGUCGCGGCCAUCGAGACGACGCUAUGGUCCAUCGAGUGGGCGCUGGCCGAGGUGGUGAACCACCCGGACGUGCAGCGCAAGGUCCGCGGCGAGAUCAGGGACGUGCUCGGCGACGACGAGCCCAUCACCGAGUCCAGCAUCAGCAAGCUGCCGUACCUGCAGGCCGUGAUCAAGGAGACGCUGCGGCUGCACUCCCCGAUCCCGCUCCUCGUCCCCCACAUGAACCUGGAGGAGGCCAGCCUCGGCGGCUACACCAUUCCCAAGGGCUCCAAGGUCGUCGUCAACGCCUGGUGGCUGGCCAACAACCCGGAGCUAUGGGAGAAGCCGGAGGAGUUCUGCCCGGAGAGGUUCUUGGGCGAGGAGAGCAACGUGGACGCCACGGUCGGCGGCAAGGUGGACUUCCGGUUCCUCCCGUUCGGCGUGGGGCGGCGCAGCUGCCCCGGUAUCAUCCUGGCGCUGCCCAUCCUGGCGCUCAUCGUGGGGAAGCUGGUGAGGAGCUUCGAGAUGGUGCCCCCGCCAGGCGUGGACAAGCUCGACGUGAGCGAGAAAGGCGGGCAGUUCAGCCUGCACAUUGCCAACCAUUCCGUCGUCGCCUUCCACCCCAUCUCAGCAUGAGCAAUUACUUCUUCAACCCAAAAGCCCGAUCCACAUGCACAAUUACUCUUCGGAUUACAAAUACAGUACUACUAGAUUACAGGAAAGUAUGUCAGUUGAUUUAAGGGGUUUACAUUUUUUCGUUUAAAAAAGGAGGAUCACGCGUGGCCUCUGCGUAAGGGGUUUACAUAAUGCUUUUCAGCUUUAAGAAAUGAGUUUACAUAACGCUUUUCAGCUUUAAGAAAUGUACAGGGUGUAUUUUGCAAAUCGAAAUGUUUUUCUGGGGUGCAAAUCGAAAUGCUAUUGCCAUUCAUU